AUGAACUUAAGUAUGGAAUCUUUAAUAAGUGAAAAGAUAACCAGAUCACUAAAUCCCGAGAAGUUGGAGAUUCUUGAUCUGAGCAAUAGUUGUGGUGCAAUCUUUAAUUUAACAAUAGUAUCCGAUAAAUUUGAAGGCAAGAAACUACUAGAAAGGCACAGACUUGUUAAUUCCUCACUAGGCAACACAUAUAAUCAAAUUCAUGCAUUAUCUAUCAAAUGCUAUACUAUGGGAGAAUAUAAAUCUUUAUCUUAA